AUGUAUAGCAGUGCAGCGGAGGAGGAGGAUCUCCCGGACGAUGCUGAGAUUACACAAGAGGAUGCCUGGGCAGUGAUCAGUGCCUUCUUUGAGGCCAAGGGGCUUGUCCGACAGCAGCUGGACUCCUUCAAUGAGUUCAUCAACUCCAAUAUGCAGGAAAUUGUGGACGAGUAUGGGACGCUGCUGGUGAAGCCGGAAUCGCAGCACAACCCAGGCAUGGCAGAGCUGGAGGAGAAGGAGUACAAGGUGGAGUUUGGGCAGAUCUACCUCAGCAAGCCCACGAUGACAGAGGCCGAUGGGGAGACUGUCGUGCUCUUUCCCAAGGAAGCCCGGCUGCGCAACCUCACGUAUGCAGCACCGCUGUACAUUGACAUCAAGAAGACAGUGAUCACGCGGGUGCCCAAUGGGGAGGCAGAGACAGAGGAGGAGUCCUACCCCAAGAUCUUCAUCGGGGAGGUGCCCAUCAUGCUGCGAUCCAGCUACUGCAGUCUCCACGAAAGAACCAAUCAGCAGCUGACGCAGCUGGGAGAGUGCCCCUAUGACCAGGGGGGCUACUUUGUGGUGAAUGGCAGCGAGAAGGUGCUGAUCGCCCAGGAGCGCAUGGCGAACAACCAGGUGUACGUGUUCCGCAAGAGCCAGCCGAGCAAGUAUGCGUACCAGGCUGAGUGCCGCUCCGUGGUGGAGAACAGCACGCGCAACACCAGCAGUAUGUCCAUCAGAAUGCUCGCGCGCUCCGGCGGCAAGGGCGGCCAGGCGAUCCGGGCGACACUCCCCUACAUCCGCGCAGACAUCCCCAUCCUCAUCAUCUUCAGGGCGCUCGGCCUGACGGCUGACAAGGACAUCCUGCAGCACGUGGUGUACGACUUCAACGACACUGCCAUGAUGGAAGCGCUGCGGCCCUCCAUCGAGGAGGCCUUCCCCAUCCAAACCCAGGAGGUGGCGCUGGAUUUCAUCGGCAAGCGCGGCAGCAACCCGGGGGUGACGCGCGAGAAGCGCAUCCACUACGCGCGGGACAUCCUGCAGCGCGAGAUGCUGCCGCACGUGGCCAUCGGCGAGUUCUCCGAAACCAAGAAGGCCUACUUCUUCGGCUACAUGGUCCACCGCCUGCUCCUGGUGGCGCUUGGCAGGAGGGACCAGGAUGACAGGGACCACUACUGCAACAAGCGCCUGGACCUGGGGGGCCCCCUGCUGGCCAACCUGUUCCGGCAGCUCUUCCGCAAGCUCACCAAGGACGUGCGCUCGCAUGUGCAGAAGGCUGUCGACAGGGGGAAGGAGAUCAACCUGAUGGCUGCUGUGAACAAGGACACGAUCACAAGGGGCCUGCGCUACUCCAUCGCCACAGGCAACUGGGGCAUGCAGGGGACCGCCGGCAUGCGCGCCGGUGUCUCACAGGUGCUGAACAGGCUCACCUAUGCAUCAACAUUGUCCCAUCUGCGGCGAAUCAGCUCCCCCAUUGGCCGAGAGGGCAAGCUGGCAAAGCCGCGCCAGCUGCACAACUCCCAGUGGGGCGUGAUCUGCCCGGCUGAGACGCCGGAGGGGCAGGCGUGCGGGCUGGUGAAGAAUCUGGCGCUGAUGUCUUACGUGAGCGUGGGCUGCCCCUCCGCUCCCAUCGGCGAGUUCCUGGAGGAGUGGUCCACCGAAAACCUGGAGGAGAUCAACCCCAGCGUCAUACUCGAGGCGACCAAGGUGUUUGUGAACGGGGUGUGGGUGGGAAUCCACCGGCAGCCUGCCGUGCUGGUUAACACGCUGCGCAAGAUGCGCCGCCAGGUUGACAUCAGCACAGAGGUGGGCAUCGUGCACGACAUCCGACUCCAGGAGCUGCGGCUGUAUACGGACUACGGGCGCUGCUGCCGGCCGCUGUUCAUCGUGGACCCUGACCGCAAGCGGCUCACCAUUACCAAGGACGACAUCCGCCAGCUCCAAGAACGCGAAGUCACCCACUUCGGCUGGAACGAGCUGGUGCACAAGGGGUGCAUAGAGUACAUAGACACAGAGGAGGAGGAAACAACGAUGAUUGCCAUGGAGAUCAAGGACCUGGAGAAUGCGCGCACGCCCGGGCGGGUGGCCUACAGUGAGACAUACACCCACUGCGAGAUCCACCCCUCCAUGAUCCUGGGCGUUUGUGCGUCCAUCAUCCCCUUCCCCGACCACAACCAGUCCCCCCGCAACACCUACCAGUCCGCCAUGGGGAAACAGGCCAUGGGCAUGUAUGUGACCAACUACCAGACGCGCAUGGACACGCAGGCGUAUGUGCUGUACUACCCCCAGAAGCCACUCGUCACCACGCGCGCCAUGGAGCACCUCCACUUCAGGGAGCUGCCGGCAGGGCAGAACACGAUUGUGGCGAUUGCGUGCUACAGCGGCUAUAACCAGGAGGACUCCCUCAUGAUGAACCAGUCCUCCAUCGACCGCGGCUUCUUCAGAUCCAUGUUCUUCCGAACCUACCGGGCGGAGGAGAAGAAGCAGGGGUCGCUGGUGCAGGAGGUGAUAGAGGUGCCGGACCGCAGCGUCACGGUGGCCAUGCGCCACGGCACCUACGACAAGCUCGACGACGACGGGAUCGCGCCGCCCGGCACCCGCGUCUCCGGGGAAGACGUCAUCAUCGGCAAGACGUCGCCGCUGGCGGAUGAGCAGCCGGGCGUUGCGCAGCGCUUCAGCAAGAAGGACGUGUCGACGAGCCUGCGCAACAGCGAGUCCGGCAUGAUCGACCAGGUCAUGGUCACCACCAACGCCGAGGGCCAGCGCUUUGUCAAAAUCCGAGUUCGGUCGAUCCGGAUUCCGCAGGUGGGCGACAAGUUUGCGAGCCGGCACGGACAGAAGGGCACAAUUGGCAUGACGUACACGCAGGAGGACAUGCCCUGGACGUCCGAGGGCAUCGUGCCCGACCUCAUCAUCAAUCCCCACGCCAUCCCCUCCCGCAUGACCAUCGGCCAUCUCGUCGAGGCCCUCAUGAGCAAGGUGGCGGCGCUGGUGGGCAAGGAGGGAGACGCGACGCCGUUUGCGGAGGUGACGGUGGACAACAUCAGCGCGGCGCUGCACACCUGCGGCUACCAGUCGCGCGGCUGGGAGACCAUGUACAACGGCCACACCGGCCGCCGCCUGCAGGCCCAAAUCUUCCUCAACCCCACCUACUACCAGCGCCUCAAGCACAUGGUGGACGACAAGAUCCAUUCGCGCGGGCGGGGCCCGGUGCAGAUUCUGACGCGGCAGCCGGUGGAGGGCCGAGCGCGCGAUGGAGGGUUGCGCUUUGGGGAGAUGGAGCGCGAUUGCAUCAUCUCCCAUGGCUCCGCCGCCUUCCUCAAGGAGCGGCUGUUCGACCAGAGCGAUGCGUACAGGGUGCAUGUGUGCGACCGCUGCGGCCUCUUUGCGGUGGCCAACCUGAAGAAGAACCAGUUCCACUGCCCCGCCUGCAAAAACACCACCGGCAUUGUGCAGGUGCACAUGCCGUACGCAUGCAAGCUGCUCUUCCAGGAGCUCAUGGCAAUGGCCAUAGCGCCGCGCAUGCAGUUCUAGCCAGGAUUACUGGAAGCACAUGUCGUCUGUAGAGCGCAGUAGUACAUGCAGCCCAGAAGAGUGGGGUUACUGCAAGCAGAGCUCCGUGAGAAAUGCCAGUCUGGCGAUUUGCACCGGUUUCAUGCGUACAAUUGAUGUGACCUAUCAUUCGCAAAGAAAUGACUCUGAACCCAUUUUUGAACUCCUAUGUAUGGUCUGCUGUGCUUCGUUUGCUGCAUAAGCAUGUGUGGUGGUGUUCUGUGAUGCAGAAUUGCUGAUUGGAAGUCAUUUGUCAUGACAGUCAUGCCUUCAAGACCUUGUCCGCUGCGAC